UAGGCCCAAAAGGGUGUUCAUCUUGCGAGCUUAUUUUCUGGCUCGGACGGGGCAUCAACCAUAGGGCUAUAUAAGAGGCACUGGACACCAUGAGAGCAGAACAGAUGAACUGCAGAGAAUUUGUCUAAUUGCACCUAUUUUAGACCAGCAUCAGAUAUCUUCAUACUUGUGAUAUAUAUUUCAUACCCAUCAUAGUCAGUCUGCUUAUCGAUCAACAUGUUCAACGACCACUCAAGAACGAGCAUCGCAAUCAUCGUGUUCUACAUCCCCGCCUUUGUCCUCGCCGCCUACCAUGCAUUUUACCGACACAAGCGACCUCGUCUAUCAUGGAUCAUUCUACUGCUUUUCUGUGCUAUUCGACUCGCUGCUGGCAUUGUGGUGAUUCUUUAUGAGCAUAAACCUCGCACGGGACUCAUGGUUGCGUCGAUCAUUCUAUUAAAUGCGGGCGUGUCUCCCUUGCUCGCAGCCACCUUGGGCUUCCUUCGAAUCAUACUAGUCCAUGAACCAAAGGUGAACCCGCGGAUUGGUCGGUGGUUACUCAUCUCUCGUCUCCUAUUCUUCGCGGGACUUGGUCUUCAAAUCGCAGGUGGCUGUCUAGAGGGCAGCGACAGCACCAGCGAUGUCGAAACAGGUGUCAAGCUCGUCAAAGCGGGUUAUAGUUGUAUGGUGGUCUUUGUGGCUUGCUUAAUCGCCGUGCAAGCCUAUUUCUGGAUGCACCGUGAGGAGAUUUCCCAGUUAAGCCAAACCAUUCUCCAAGCUUUGGCUCUAGCCCUCCCAUUCAUUGUUGUUCGUAUUACCUACCUCUUUCUUUCCGUAUUUCAGGCAACGGAUCUUCGCUGGAAUGACUUGGUUGGACCCAUUGCUCCGUUUCUGCUCAUGGGGUUGUUGAUGGAAUAUGCCGUGGUGUGCAUAUAUCUUGCUACUGGGUUUGUUAUUCCUAGUUGGAGGAGUAUGAAAGGAGACAGUGUUGUUUCUGGUUCUGGGUACCCAUUGGUAGAAGAUUGUUGAAUACAUGCCGAUGUGACGGAUGGUGCAUUUCUAACUUGAUACAUUUUACCUGCGAGGCACUCAUUUCAGUCUCAUAUUAUAUACACCAACCCACUUCUAUAUCGCACGUCCAAACAAAUACAUACUUAUCCCCAAACCAAGUAAUAUCUCCCACCCAUGAAAUCAAUCC